AUGACUUUUCCUGUGCCCCCCGGGGCUACACUUUCACCCGCUGGAGCUGCACUUGCAGGUGGUGUUGUUGCAGUUACAACUUCACUAACAACACUCUUGAAUAACCAGCGCCGCGGGCAGGAGGCCCAAGGUGAAAGGCCGCCAACGAAAUCUAACAAUGAGUCGGAACCAACCUCACCUUGCACAACCCCGGGCGAGUCUUCCUACGACAAAAAACUUGGGGGUGAACCCCCGAGCGGGUUCAUACCCAGGGCAGUGCCAGAAUUCUCUGGUUUGCGUCCGCAAGCAGCGAGGGACCCUCCAGUCCGUGUCAGCCAUGGAGGGGGGAGUGGUUUCCGCAUACACGUUCCUUUCCCAUUCAGCGUACCCAUAGCGGCGGGGCACCUGCUGCACAGCAUUUUCAGCUCCUCUGAUGAUGAAUCAAGUGCUGCGUACGUGUCCGAGAGAGAAAAAACCUCCGCUCCUGCUGCGUCUUCGGCUCGCACCAGCGAUUCAGCGUAUACGGCCAUGCCGCCUCCUGAUGAUGGACAGGAUGGUGACACCGAUGAUGGACAGGAUGGUGACACCGAUGAUGGACAGGAUAGUGACACCGAUACUGGAAAGCUUCUCAAAGCUUCAGACCUUAAAAGUAUCUGGGAGAACUUGAAGAUGAAGGGGGCCGCAGAUUUUGGGACGGGAAGUAGUCGGACGAUUUGGAAGAAUAGGGACUUUCGUGUCGAUGCUGGAUUUCUCAAGGACGGCGUGCGCCAUUGGGAGUUCCAGGUCAAUGGCAGUCCCGUGUCGAGGGUCGGUAAGCGACUGCUGGGGAGGUACGGGACUCAUGAAAAACUGUUCAAGGGCGCAUUCGAUACAAAGAACGUGCCUGAGUUUGAAGAAUGGAAGAGAGCGGUUUUGGACACCUUGAGUAGACUCUAG